UAAAUUUCGCACUAAUAAAACUGCGAAAAAGUGUGCUAAAAAAAGCAAUUGGAAAGGCAUCAAAUCCGAGUGCAAUAAAUACAACCUAAACAAUAUGCUCCGCCGCAUUUCUCUGCCUCACCUCCUCAUUAGCUUCGACCAGAUAGCGGUGGACAUGGACGACAGAGCGAGAUGGUACCGGGAGAUUUAUGAGAUCUUUGACGUGACACUGGUGCCACCACGUCAGUUCAUCUGCCACGAUUUGGCACCGUACCACGAACCGAAGCCCGAUUCACCUGACCAAAUGGCAUCGAUUCCUCGACGGCUACAUCGUCGCUCCUCCUCAUCCUUCUCCUCUGCCCGACGACCUUGAUGAUGAUGAUGAUGAUGAUGUGGCUGUGCAAGAUGACAGCGAUCGUGCUGCGUGGCAGUAACAGCAAAUUUGCAUUACCUGGGCAGGUGUGUUCCUGCUUCCACUUCCCCAAAUGAGCUUAAUGCCAGUCGCGUUUAAACGAGGGCUGAAUGAAAAGUUUGUAGUUUGACAAACAAGCACAUUUUAGCACAUUUUUUAAAUGUUUAAUAAAAUGUCCCAUGAAUUUUAA